AUAUUGAAGUGUGAAAUGAAAGAUUGUGUCAUGUGAGCAGGUGGCUCUCUAGUAGACACUUUCAUUCGUUCAUUCAUCUAUAAUAAAUACAAGUGAUUCUCUCAUCAAACAAACCUUAACUCUGUCGUUUCCAAACUACUACAUUUCUGAGGUACGCAGAUCAAUAUGUGUUCUGUAUCUGGAGUUUUGGUAUUUUCAUUGGCCAUAUUUCUCCUUCUGAUUGGCACACCAUGCUCAAGUUCUUUUGUGAAGACUGAAGAUAAGAUAAAAUCAGCUGUUUUUUUGUCCCCGAAAUUUGAGCUAGGACCUGGAUCAGUUGUCAAUAGAUAUUAUUAUGAUAUUGAUUUUCCAAGAGGCCAUAUAGCAAUCAAGGAUUUCCAUGCUGAAGUAGUUGAUGAAUCUGGAAAUCCUAUACCUCUCCAUGAAACUUAUCUCCAUCAUUGGGUUGUUGGAAGAUAUCAUCAAAGAAAACAUGUUACACACACAGAAAAUGAUAGCCACAUGAUGCUACAAAACUCUGAUCAUGUUCUUGUGAGAAACAGUGGCAUAUGCCAGGGAAAUUAUCUUGGACAAUACUUUGGCCUUGGAUCCGAAACAAGAGGAACACUGACAGAUAUUCCGGACCCUUUUGGUAUAGAGGUAGGUAAUCCUGCAGAGGUUCCAGAAGGGUUUGAUGAGAAAUGGAUGGUUAAUGUUCAUGCCAUCGAUACACGAGGUGCAGAGGAUAAGUUAGGGUGCACCGAGUGUAAGUGCGAGCUUUAUAAUGUUACGGUGGAUGAGUACGGAAGGUCUGUAAGGCCUGAUUAUAAAGGAGGUAUGUUAUGUUGUUAUGAUCAUACACGGUGCAAGUUGAAGGAAGGUUUUGAGGGUCCAAAGAGAAACCUCUACUUAAGAUACACAGUGAAAUGGGUUGAUUGGGAUGAUUUUAUAGUGCCUGUUAAGAUAUAUAUAAUUGAUGUUACUGAUACUUUGAAACCAUCAGAUGAUUCAAAAGAAUUGAACUCAGACCAUGAUUGCAAGGUUGAGUAUGAAGUUAAAUCUUGCAGCAUAGAUCAAAAGGAGGGAAAUGGGUGUGUUCAUGUAAAAAGGACAAGUCUCCCACUACAAACCGGUGGCUAUGUGAUCUAUGGUGUUGCUCAUCAGCAUUCAGGUGGAAUUGGAUCAACCCUAUUUGGACAGGAUGGGAGGGUUAUAUGUUCUUCUAUACCAAAUUACGGAAAGGGAAGUGAAGCAGGAAAUGAAUCAGGCUACAUUGUAGGAAUGUCCACAUGUUAUCCUAAACCAGGUUCUGUUAAGAUAAUUGAUGGUGAAACUUUGACUCUAGAGUCUAACUACAACAGCACCAAGGAGCACACCGGAGUAAUGGGGCUUUUCUACAUAUUGGUGGCAGAACAGCUCCCAUAUCAACAACUCAGACUUUUUUCUCGUUCUUCUUUUGUCGCCGACGUAAAUUUUUCUGAUAGUUAGUUACAUAUAUGAUGAUAUAAGUGGCGUGUCAUUGAUGGUAUUAUGGUAAGAUAUGAUCGAUUUAUCAAAGAUGAAUAAAGACAUGAUUGGAAAGGGUAACUGAAUAAUUACACUUCUCUGUGUAUUCUGCUAGAUAUAGGAGAAAAACAAAUUUGUAUUUUUGGCUUAAUUCACUAUUUUUUGGUUCA